UCUGGACAGAAUACAUGAGUUUCGAUUUUUCAUUUAGGGGAAAAUGCAAAGAACUCUAAAAUUCACAUUUGAAUUUUAGAUUCAUAAAUUUUUUAUUUGAUGAAUUUGGUGCAAUUUACCGUUUUCCUUUUCUCUACCUAACUACAAUCGGAAUUUUGUUUGUUUUCAUUUUCGCCUAAGUUUCGUCGCCCGCGAUCAGCCGGAUUGAAGAGUUUCCGAAUCGAUUUUUGAUGGAUUGGAGUAAUGUGACGGCGGAGGAUCUGGUGGAGGCGUUGCGAGAAGUGGACUGGUCGUCGCCGCCGCGUCCGUUGUCGGAAUUCUUCUCCCGAUUCACCGUGCCUCGCUCCCACGCCAAAUGGAGCAGUCGCCUCAAAUGCAAUCUCUACUACUACAGAACUAAUUAUUUCUUGAUGAUCAUUUUCAUUCUUGGGUUGGGAUUUCUUAGAAGGCCGCUUGCUAUUGUUGCUGCGCUGAUGACUGCUCUGAGUAUAGGAUUUCUGAACGAUAGUUUUGCAGCUACUUUCAGUGAAAAGAUCACAAGAUUUGUCCGGCAGUUUUCUCCCCAUUUAGCUGCUAAACUUAGAGCUCCCCUUUCGCCUGUUAUUCGGGGGCGCCCUUCUAAAAAGCGAACAAUAUAUAUAUGUGGACGGCCUCGAUGGGUAUUUGUUUUAGCAUUUUCUGCAGUUAGUUUCUUCCUAUGGAUUGUUUCUUGCGGUGCUCGUAUGGUCUUGUUGGCACUUUCUAUUGGCCUUCUCGCCACAGUGCUUCAUGCAAGCUUUAGGACACCAAACCUGAAAGCUCGUCUGAACACAUUCCGCGAAGAAUUCCGUGCUGUUUGGCGCAAUUAUAGUGAGCUGUAGCAUGACUGAGAAAAUGCGCUUGCCAACUGGUGAUUUUGCAAGCAGUGACUGCUACUAUCUCCAGAUUAGUAGGAUGCUGUAAAUUUCUUUAGUUCCUUGUCAGUAAAUCGGCAUUUUAAUAAUAUGCCUUUGAAAAAUAUUUGUGGCUAAAUUUCUUACAAACUAGCCUCUCAUCUCUCAUACUUUGGGACUUAUUUGGUAGACAACACCAGACCAAAUUAAGUGAUUAUAAUACUUGUUAAGGAUUACUUUUGAAUAGUUAGACCAAAUACAACUUGUUCAUCAACUUUGUUUUAAAAAUAGCAAAGUUUGACAUAAAAAGCAUAA